AUGCUCAACAUGACCGAGGAGCACGACAAAGCGCUGGAGGCUCCGUGCAGCCCCGCGGGCACCACCAGCUCCAUGUCCCACGUGGACUCGGACUCGGACUCGCCGCUCUCCCCCGCCGGCUCCGAGGGGCUGGGCUGCGCCCCCGCUCCCGCCCCGCGCCCGCCGGGCGCCGCCGCGCUGGGGGCCAAGGUGGACGCGGCCGAGGUGGACGAGCGCUUCCCCGCCUGCAUCCGCGACGCCGUCUCGCAGGUGCUCAAGGGCUACGACUGGAGCCUGGUGCCCAUGCCCGUCCGCGGCAACGGAUCGCUCAAAGCCAAGCCGCACGUCAAGCGGCCCAUGAACGCCUUCAUGGUGUGGGCGCAGGCCGCCCGCAGGAAGCUGGCGGACCAGUACCCGCAUCUGCACAACGCCGAGCUCAGCAAGACCCUGGGCAAGCUCUGGCGUUUACUGAGCGAGAACGAGAAACGUCCCUUUGUGGAGGAAGCCGAGCGGCUCAGGGUGCAGCACAAAAAGGAUCACCCGGAUUACAAAUACCAGCCCCGGAGGAGGAAAAGCGUCAAAGCCGGGCAGAGCGACUCGGACUCGGGGGCAGAGCUCAGCCACCACGCCGGCACCCAGCUCUACAAGGCCGACACGGGGCUGGGGGGCAUGGCUGACUCCCACCACCACGGGGAGCACGCAGGCCAACCCCACGGACCCCCCACGCCGCCCACCACCCCCAAAACCGACCUGCACCACGGCAGCAAGCAGGAGCUGAAGCACGAGGGCCGGCGCCUGGUGGAGAGCGGCCGCCAGAACAUCGACUUCAGCAACGUGGACAUCUCGGAGCUCAGCAGCGAGGUCAUCAACAACAUGGAGACCUUCGACGUGCACGAGUUCGACCAGUACCUGCCCCUGAACGGCCACGCGGCGCUGCCGGCCGAGCACGGCGCCGCCGCCGCCUCCUCCUACGGCGCCUCGUACGCGCACUCGGGCGCGGCCGCCCAGGUGUGGACUCACAAGAGCCCGGCCGCGGCCUCGCCGGCGGCGCCCGAGCCGGGCCAGCAGCAGCGGCCUCACAUCAAGACGGAGCAGCUGAGCCCCAGCCACUACAGCGAGCAGCCCCACGGCUCCCCGGCGCACUCCGACUCCUACGGCUCCUACGGCGGCCAGGCCUGCGCCACCUCGGCCGCCCCGGCCGCCACCGCCGCCGCCUCCUUCUCCAGCUCCCAGUGCGACUACACGGACCUGCAGAGCUCCAACUACUACAACCCCUACCCCGGCUACGCCUCCAGCCUCUACCAGUACCCCUACUUCCAUUCCUCGCGCCGCCCCUACGCCACCCCCAUCCUCAACGGGCUCUCCAUCCCGCCGGCGCACAGCCCCACCGCCAACUGGGAGCAGCCCGUCUACACCACGCUGACCCGGCCUUAAAGGAUUCCCGGAGCCUCCCGAGGCUCCCCUGGAAUUAUGCACUAAUGAAGGAAUGAGGAGGAAGAGCGUGGAGUGUUCCAAAGUGCCUCCUGAGCCGCUGGGAACUUUCUGCUGGUCGCCACCUUGCUUCGAAACUCCCCCCGAAUGGACAGAGCUCUAUUUUUAUUUGUUUUUUUAUUUUAUUUUCUUUGAUUCGUAGGGUUCAAGUAAUUCAAAAAACUAAAAAAAAAAAAAAACCAAACAAACAGAGGACAGAAAAUUAAAUAAAAAAAAAAGCAAGAGAGGUAAAAAUAAAAACAAAAGGAAAAGGAGCGGCGAUGCCUUUUGAGUAAAUGAAGGACAAAAAGUUGGACUGAGCCGAACUCGCCCGGCCUGGAAGUUUGGCCAAGUGCAAAACGUGGAGAGAGAGAGAGGGGGACACGAGACAACGACAAAAAAGCUGUUUGAGACUUUCAGGGUCUAUUGCAAUGUGAGGAACGGACCAACCUUGAGGGCAGGAACUCACUGGGACCAACAGGGAUGAGCCCUGAAAUCCCAGAAAAAUCCCGUGGGAAGAGUCUGAUGGGACCAACCAAUUCAGUGUCUGAAGUGUUUGUUGAAUUAUUUUUAUUUCUUUUUUUUUUUUUAGUCAGGAGUUCUUCUAAGCAAGGUUUGGCUGUAAUUAACAUUUUGGUUUGGUUU